GUAAUUGUUUAAGCGCACAACUCAGGUAUUUUGAGGGAGAUGGGAGACAUCAGGUAAGGGAAAAGAGUGGAACAGAGUGUUGAAAUCUGUAGACUACUGGGACAAAGAGGGGUCUGAAGUUGGGUUGGUAAAAGUAGAUGGGGGAUGACAAAUCGGGGAUGGCGGGUAUGAUGGGGAACACCAGUAGAGAAAGAGAUCUGGAGCUUCUCAUUCCUGUGGCUUCCUCCGCCGCCGUUGACGACCAUGAAUCCAAGCCUUCGUCCUCCGCCGCUUCUGCUCACCACGCCCACACUGGCCGUGAGACAUUCUACAAAGUUGUUAGGAGCUGGGCUUCAAAGAAAUUCAUGACCGGAUGUGUUAUCCUAUUUCCGAUAGCAGUCACCUUUUAUAUAACAUGGUGGUUCAUUCACUUUGUGGACGGAUUUUUCUCUCCUAUAUAUGUGCAGCUUGGCAUCAAUAUUUUUGGUCUGGGAUUUGUUACUUCAAUCACUUUCAUUUUUUUGGUUGGAGUGUUCAUGUCAUCCUGGUUGGGGGCAUCUGUUUUAAGUCUUGGAGAAUGGUUCAUCAAAAGAAUGCCAUUUGUUCGUCAUAUCUAUAAUGCAUCAAAGCAAAUUAGUUCUGCCAUAUCUCCAGAUCAGAACACUCAAGCUUUUAAGGAGGUGGCCAUCAUAAGGCAUCCACGUAUCGGUGAAUAUGCAUUUGGGUUCAUUACUUCAUAUGUGGUUCUUCAGAACUAUUCAGAAGAUGAAGAUUUGUGCUGUGUGUAUGUUCCAACAAAUCACCUAUAUAUUGGUGAUAUAUUUCUCGUCAAUGCAAAAGAUGUUAUAAGACCAAACUUAUCAGUUCGCGAAGGAAUUGAGAUUGUUGUAUCAGGUGGUAUGUCAAUGCCGCAGAUUCUAUCAACUUUGGAUCCAACAAUUGUUCAAAGUUGAUAGUGUUAAUUCCUGACAGAAACUGAAAUAGAAGAUGAUGGUGAUGAUGAUGAUAUAAACGUGUAGAAGUUGAAUGGUCCUAAAGUUCCAUCCCAACUUUCCAGUGCUGCAGAGUGGAUUGCAGUCCUUUGCGCUUUAUCCAUUGGACUGAGUUUCUCUCUUUUUUGUUUUUUGUUUUGAAUUUUUAGAUUUGAGAUUGCUUUUGUAACAACAAAAAAACUAGUGUAUAAUGUAGAGAAGUUGGGUUUUAUGAAAUUUAUCGUACUUGCAUUUUUAAUUUCAGAAGGUCAAUUGAAUUUUUUAGAUCACGCUUGACUCUUAAGUUAGCUUGCGCCUCUUGGUUAUUUACAGAUGUCCUCUGCUGUGAUAUUGUUGUCGUGGAAAUAAAAGGGCGGGAUUGGUGUCAG